UCUGGCGGCAUAUGGUGACCAAAUGAUUGCUCGCCAUGGAGAGGGUUAUGAUUGGAGAAACGCGCCUAUUGAUCCUGAGGCCGUUUACAGUAGUGGUGGAAAACCUCAUGGCCGGUAUCCAUUAUUUGAAAAAGUCAUUGACUCGAGUCAGGUGCCGUCGCGUCAAAGAGCGGGAUCGUCGCGGUCAGCAAGUCGCAGCACAAGUAGUGGCGACGACAGCGCGGAGGUUGUAAGGCUGCGUGAAAGAGUAAGACAACAGGAGCUACAGCAGCAGUGGUUCCAAGCUCAACUUGCACAACAGAAUGCAAUACUGCAGCAAAUAGCGAGCCAACAGAAUAUACAAGUGCCACCACUGGUACCUCCACCUUUUGCACAGGCUGGUUGGCCAUCAGCUUCACCUCAGCCUUUUCACACCCCACCACCUAACCUUGCGGCACCGGGAGACUCACACGUUCAUCCAACAUCGAAUUGGGCGGAUCAAUUCAUUGGAAGUGGCGGAUCAGUUCAACCAGGUGAUGGAGACGACCAAACUUAAGUGAAACAUUGUUGUUCUAUGAAUUUGUAUGAAGUUGUAUGAACCAGGUGAUGGAGGCGGCCAAAUUUCAUCGAACUUGUAUGAAGUUUUUGAACUUUAAUUAUGAACCUCUGAAGUUUACGUAUGUGGAUAUAUGAAUUGUGUACU